GGCGCCGUCACCAUCUCCGCAACCAAGCCAUGCUAUGAUGAUGGUGCUGCGGCGGCUACUGAGGAAGCGCUGGGUGCUGGGGGUCGUCUUCGGACUGUCGCUCAUCUACUUCCUCACCAGCACACUCAAACAGGAGGAAAGAACCAUACGGGACCGCACUCUCUUAGAGGUCCGAGACUCAGACCAUCGCAUCCCCUGGAAGGUCCGAUUCAACCUGGGCAACAGCAGCCGACAGAUCACUCAGUGCAGGAACUCCAUCCAGGGCAAGACACUGCUCACAGACGAACUUGGUUACGUCUGCGAGAGAAUAGACUUGCUGGUUAACGGCUGCUGCAACGUCAUUGCACCCAGCUCCAGGCAGUUCAUUUGUAAAAGCUGCCUGGCCAACGGCUGCUGUAGCAUCUACGAGUAUUGCGUGUCGUGUUGUCUGCAGCCUGAUAAGCAACCUCUGCUCGAGCACUUCCUGAAUCGAGCAGCUGAAGGGUUCCAGAAUCUCUUCACUGCUGUGGAGGAUCAUUUCGAGCUCUGCCUGGCCAAGUGUAGAACGUCUUCACAAAGUGUUCAACAUGAGAACACCUACAGAAACCCUCAAGCAAAGUACUGCUACGGAGAGAGUCCUCCAGAGCUUCUCCCCGUAUGAGCAUCUCCUCCAGAGUGAAGGACUUACAGGAACAGCAGUGGGCCCAUGAAGCCUCCUGGUUGGACGCCUAAGGCUGUUUGGAGCAGAGACUCUCUACACAUGAACUGCUGUCUUGGAUAAUUUUGCAUCAUAGUGGCAAAGGAAGGACAGAAGACAUCCGAGACCAGCUUCGGGAAAAAAAAAAUGGACAAAUUCUAUAUGUGAUUUGAUUAUUUACACUUCAUAAGUGCAUAGAAUGCUUCAUACAUUCAUCCGUGAUGAUCAUCAGGUUGUAAUAGCAGGCAGCUCAUCCAUCAGGACUAGCUUCAAACCAGUUCACUUCAUCAAGUCUUCAUUUUUAAACUGGGAACAUUUAACAGCUGUUUUAAUGUUUCGUUGAAUAUUUUCAAACAGCAGAGAAUGUGUCGUUAGGUCUGUGUAUAGUGCAUGCAUAUGGAACGGCUAUUUAAUAAAAGUGACUGUGAAAUAAAAUCA